AUGGACUCCAUGAGUAGAGCUCGAAUAGGCUGGACCCUCAGACUCACAUAUACCCUCCUGAUAAUCGGAACACUAUGUGUCAGCCCACAUAUGUGCCACAGCCAGAUCGACCCCCUGGCUCUGGGGAAAGCAGACCCACAGUGCUGGGAGUCCUCCUCAGCACUCCUUUUAGAAAUGAGAAAGCCACGCAUCUCUGACACUGUCUCGGGCUUUUGGGACUUUAUGAUCUACUUGAAGUCAUCUGACAACAUGAAGCACGGAGCUCUGUUUUGGGACUUGGCCCAGCUCUUCUGGGAUAUCUACGUGGACUGCGUGCUAUCCCGAACACAUGGCCUGGGACGCAGACAACUCUCUGAAAGGAAGCAGGAAAUAAUGGGUCUGCAUUCCUUUAUCACAGACAAGUCAUAUAUCCGGGGACAAAGAAGAGAUUACCCAAAAAACAAAUAUACUCAAGACUUGAUAGGAAUCCAUGUACCCAGAAAUGCACCUGGGGUACUGGGGAGGAUAACCAAAUUCCUAGGCUUAAAGAGGAGCUCCAGAAUGUAG